AUGGUUACGGACAUUUACAAAAAGCGUCGCUUGCCUCUGAUUGAUAGUCAGUCUCGGCGAAUGCAGCGGACGACUUACUCUGCUCCAAGCAAGCGCAGUGAAGCCGUCGCCAUGCAAAAAUUAAUGAAGCAAAAAUGGAAGGAAUUUUGGCUGAUGCUUGAUAAAUUAUUGCAUGAAAGGUAUCCAUCUUUGGCCACAAAACUCGUUUAUGUGGAGAAAAUAACGGGGAUUCGGAAAGAUCAUGUCUUGCUUGGAGUCUGUUUCUUGGCGUUCCUCUACAUUGUGACGUCAUACUUUGCAUCCAUAUCAAGCGACUUCAUCAGCUUAGCCUAUCCAUUAUACUGCUCAAUAAAAGCCAAAGAGGCAUCCAAUGAUGAGCACAAAGAUAGUUGGCUAACCUACUGGAUUGUCUACAGCGCUUUAAUACUAACUGAGUAUUUUGCAGGAAGAAUUCUCAGUCUCCUGCCCGCUUACUACUUGUUGCGUACUUUCUUCAUCAUCUGGUGCAUGUCUCCAUACGCAGGAAAUGGAAGUAACUUCGUCUACGGCAAAAUCAUCCAGCCAUUCUUUCUGCAUCAUCAAGAUCAGAUGGAAUCUGCAUUCAACAUAGCAACUACUGAGAUGACCAACCUUAGCAAAACUGUCAUGAGUGCUGUUGACGAGAAUUGCAAUGAUAAAGAAGAUUGA